UUAGUUGCAUAUGUCGCUGUAGUUCAGAGACGGGGAGUGAGCCACUCGAGUGAACAGAAACGAAAAGAGACUGUGCAAAACAGCCCCCACCCCUCUUAUACGGGAAAUGGGUCUCAGGCUGAUGAUGAGUAAGGGAAGAAGCUCCUGUAGCGCUGGUGCAUCUGAAGCUACGCAGCUAUGGAGGAAAGGGCCCAGUGUCAAAUGAGGGGAGACUGUGAUUGGCCCCUGCAGCCUGUGGUCUGUUUGUGUCUCCAGUGGAUCAAAUACACCUUCUUUCCUUAAUAUCCCUGCGUUAUAUAAGAAAACACACAUUUAUAUGCACAACUCCUGAGCUACAUCUCUCUAAGGCUUCACUAUGGAAGCCCGUUUCCACCACAGAGUAAAAAAUAUGAAAGGUUUGUGCUUUCUACAUCCUUGUAUUGUGGGUUCAGUUACAUCUUCCAACCGCAUGGAGGCGCAGCAGGCUUCUCCUGACAGCAGCAGUGAGGAAUGUACUGUACUAGAGGCUCUGCCUGACAAGGGAACAGCGCUCAUUUGCUCUCAACACAAAGGAAAAGUGUCUGUGUUGUACUGUUUGGCCUGUGAGAAUUCCGUAUGCGAGGACUGUAUGAAUGGAGAACAUGCUGAGCACCCCACUGAUUCACUGGAAAAUAUUGUGGACCAGCAGCUAGCGGCAUUACAGGACAGAGUGGAUUCAGCCAAGAACAGGCUUCCUCAGAUAAGAGAGGCAGUUCAGAGUUUGAGAGAAAUUCUGCAGCAGUUGAACUCUCAGCGGAGCUCCAUAGAGGAAGACAUCCACUCCUCCUUCAGCGAGCUGCACAAAACCCUCGAUACACGCAAGAGCGUCCUGCUCAUGGAGCUGGAAGUCACUUCUGGACUGAAGCAGAAGGUUUUGCAGGCUCAGUUGGACACUCUUCUGCAGGAGGAAGCUGCCAUCAACUAUAACUGCAGUCUGACCGGUGAAGCCCUGGACGGGGAAAACAAAGCUGUCAUCCUGCAGACCCAUAAAGGCGUAGGAGAGAGACUCAGUGACCUGGCCAGUCAGGGCCUUCCUCUUCAGCCUGAGGAGAACGACCAGCUGGAUCUCAUGAUGGAGAUCGAAGGACUUCGCAAGUCCAUCCACAACCUGGGGACUAUCGUCACCACCAAUGCCGUGGCCAGUCAGACCGAGGCAUCAGGGGAGGGUCUGGAACAGUGCAUCGUGGGCCAGCCGGCAACUGUCAUCAUAACCACAAGAGACAAGUCUGGAGGACUGUGUAAGACGGGUAACGCCAUCAUCUCAGCUGAAGUCUGCACGCCGGAUGGCAGCGUUGCAGACGGCGAAAUCGUGGACCAUAAAAACGGAACGUAUGAAUUCCAAUACACGGUGAAGAAAGAGGGAAAUUUUAGUCUAGCGCUUAGACUUUAUGAUCAGCAUAUUAGAGGAAGUCCCUUCCAGUUAAAGGUGACCUGCUCUCCGGAUGAUUCUCCACCCACCACCACCGCAGCCAAUGCUGCAUCCACGGGUUCCAGCGAUGGUGGGGCGCGGAAACGGAGCGCAAAGUCCCCGGGGAGCAGAAGCCGGCAGAAAGGCGUCCGACGAGCAGGAAGCUUGUUCAGCACCCCGAAAAAGAGAGUGAACCCGAUUGAAGAUGACCUCAUUUUUAGAAUAGGAACAAAAGGGAGGAAUAAAGGAGAGUUCACUAACCUCCAAGGUGUAGCAGCUUGUUCUGAAGGAAAAAUCUUAAUUGCAGACAGUAACAAUCAGUGUGUGCAGAUAUUUUCAAGUACGGGAGAGUUUCAGAGCCGGUUCGGAGUGCGUGGCCGUUUACCGGGACAGCUGCAGCGGCCCACUGGAGUAGCUGUGCAUCCAAAUGGGGACAUCAUCAUCGCUGACUAUGACAAUAAGUGGGUUAGCAUCUUCUCCAGUGAGGGCAAAUACAAGGCUAAGCUGGGCUCAGGAAGGCUGAUGGGUCCAAAAGGUGUAUCUGUGGAUCAGAAUGGACAUGUUAUCGUUGUGGACAACAAGGCCUGUACGGUUUUCAUCUUCCAGCCCAGCGGGAAACUCGUCACUAAGUUUGGCAGCAGAGGAAACGGUGACAGACAGUUUGCAGGUAGGUACAGGUCUAUAGCAUCUGAUGAAGGACUGCAUUGUAACAUACAGAUGCCAGUGAUAUUAAAAAAUAAAUAUAUGAAUAAUUCAUUGAUUCUUAUUGAAUUUAACCUAGCCCUUCCUUUCCAUGUAGGCCCACACUUUGCAGCAGUCAACAACAACAAUGAAAUAAUCAUCACAGACUUUCAUAACCACUCGGUUAAGGUGUUUAAUGCAGAUGGAGAAUUCUUGCUGAAAUUUGGCUCAAAUGGUGAAGGGAACGGGCAGUUCAAUGCUCCCACAGGGGUUGCUGUGGAUGUCAAUGGGAACAUUAUUGUGGCAGACUGGGGAAACAGUCGGAUACAGGUGUUUGACGGCAGUGGAUCGUUCCUGUCCUACAUCAAUACGGCGGCAGACCCUCUCUACGGGCCGCAGGGUCUCGCGCUGACCUCAGAUGGCCAUGUUGUGGUGGCUGAUUCUGGGAACCACUGCUUUAAAGUGUACCGCUACCUGCAAUGAUAUCAGACAGACUCUGAUCUAAGACGGAAAGAGAAUCAAAGUCAUACUGUAUGUGUCCAAAUCUUGCACUUAAUGUAAUGUAAUGGUACUCUUCCUCCUUGGUUUCCACACCUUUUUGUAUUUGUUACUAAUGUCGGAUAACCUUCUAAGAAGACCAUAGCUUAUAAACACUGUUUAUGGGAUGCCUUUGCCAAACCUCCACACUACACUGUGGAAAUACUGAGACAUCAGAAUGCAUUGGUGAGUGAUCUACUUCCUAAGCUGAAACUCUGCUCCUAUGUGCUGCAUGUGUGGACCAUGCAUGCGCCGCCAGCUUUUGGACACAUCCGAGCCCCAUCUGACUUCUAGGAUGCUAUUAGAACACUAUCUCAACACUUUUAUGAACCUUUUGAUAGGGAUAUGUUAUAGAGAUGCAGCCAAGAGAGCAGACAGCGAUAUCUCAAGUCUCCAAGCUUUAGGAUUCCCACCUCGACCUGUUCGUAUCUGACAGUUGACUAAUAAACGAUUUGUCAAAUGUUUGGAAUAACUAUGUAAUAAAGUCUUUUAUGCUCAUCGAGGCUGCAUUCAUUUAAACAAAAAUAGUAAAAACAGGAAAAUUGUCAAAUAUUAUUACAGUUAAUAAUUGUUUUCUAUUUUAAAAUGUAAUUUAUUCCUGUGAUGGCAAAGCUGAAAUUUCAGCAUCAUUGCUCCAGUCUUCAGUGUCACGUGAUCCUUCAGAGAUCAUUCAGAUUUUCUGCUCAAAAACAUUUCUUAACAUUAACCAGGUUGAACAAUUGUGCUGCUUAAUGACUAUUUUUUUAAUAACUUUUUGUGGCAACCAAGAUACACUACUAAACAAAACAAAACUUUGAGAUAGAGUAGAUUAAAAGAAAAUAAAUUAAUACUUUAUUCAGCACGGAUGCAUUCAGUUAUUCAAAAGUGAUAGUAAAGACUUUUAUAAUACAAAAGAUUAAUAUUUCAAUUCAAUACUAUUAAUCAAGGAAUCCUGAAAUAAGUUUACCAAUGUUUCCACAAACAUAUACAAUAAUCCACAACAGCAAUAACUGUUUUCAACAUUGAUAAUUAUAAGAACCAUUAUUAAUAACCGAGCACCAAAUCAGCAUAUUAGAAUGAUUUCAGAAAGUAAUAAAAAAAAAAUCAGAUGAUUUCUUAAUGUGACACUGAAGACUGGAGUAAUGGCUGCUGAAAAUUCACAGGAAUAAAUUACAUUUUAAAAUAUAUUCAAAAUGGAAAAAUUUAAUUGUAAUCGUAUUUACAGUAUUUUCUUUUAAUCAAAUAUAUGCAACACUGGUGAGCAUAAGAGAGUUAAUAACACUCAAUAACAUUUAAAAAAAUUUCCAUAUUCAAUAUCUUUGACUGGUAGUGUUGGCUUGAUUAUAGUAUCACAAACUUUGAUCAUAUUCCACAUGUGUCUGUAUAAUUAAUUGUUUUCAGUCCAAUCAGAGCAACUUCAAAAAGCAAAAUUACAGUGUGGUAUUGAAACAUCACGAAUAACAUUUGAAUAAUUUGUGGUGUGUAAAGACAUACUGUGUGUACGCGUGUAAGAGACUAACAGUAAUUACACAACGCACUGUUGCCUUGCAUACUUCCAGAAUAAAACUAGCAGCAUACGUCUCUUUAUUUAGAUAAUAUUAGGACUCUCUAUUUUCCUUACAAAUGCUAUUAAAAACCAAAUAUCUAUAUAUUUGUGUAUUUAUCGUGAAUAAUGUUUCAAAGAAAAGAUGUUUGGGUUUCAAAUGCAAAUGCAUAGUUAAAUGCCAGACAUUUUCAAAGAAUUGAUUUUGAUUUGUCGAUCAUUCUCUUGCGUAUCCCAGGAUUCUUAGAGGCAUGAUUCACAUACUGUAGUAAUAAUGAUGUCAUACAAAUUUAAUCAUAACUGAAUGGCAAUAGUAUUUCAUCAUCAUUACAAUGAAAAGGUCUCUCUUUUUUUCUUUCUUUUUUUGUUCUUGCUUAUAUUCAAAUUUCAGAAUGUGUUUAUUUUGAUUGUAAAUUGUUUGUAUAUGCAUAGUGUGCUGAUUUGCUUCAUUUUCUGAAUAUGAGGAUUGUAUGUAAAGAAUGUUUUGUAUGUUCAUCAGAAAAUAAUUUAACUUGAAUGUUAUUGUUUUAUUUCUGUACAAAAAAAGAUCAGCCUUAACAUUUAUCAUUGUUUUCAAGUUAUUGACGUUUCAAUGGAAUAUUUUAUUUUAGUUUAUAGUUUAGUUUAUCUAGUUGAUGUGUGCCUGUUUACGACUUAUGACAAUAAUCCUGCUUGGACUGUGUUGAUCUUUUCAAUUAAAAUCAUUAUCACUUCAUAUCAUUAACAUGCUAACGUACAGCGCAUUAAAAAGUGGCUUUGGAAAA